AUGUCACAAAUUAGUCUCCAAGCUGGUCAACCAAAAGAUGAAGCUGUGAAGCCUUCCAUUUUAGGUCAAGAAGCGGCGACACAUGGGGCAAGUUCACCUUUAUCAGAUGAGGAAGCCAAAACACUUCCAGGACCUGCAUCUUGUCUUUCGAACAAGAACUCUUCGUCCUACGCCAAGCCAUCCAAGAUCAUGGCUACAAAUACUACUACAGAGCCCGAAAGCUCGGAUCCAUCUGCAUCUCCUAUGAUUAGCCUCACCCCCUCUCACUCAGAAUACGCAAUCCUCAGCUCACCUCAACCUUCUUCUGCCAAGAGGCAUUCAACCACUUCUUCGCUUCAAUCAUCUCGACCCGCACCCGCUUCUCCCGCAUCGUCAAGACCACCUUCGACCAUACUUGAUCCUUCAGUAUCGUCAUCUUAUGCUCGAGAUCGUUCCGCUUCCACGUCAUCUAGAGGAGGUAGGAGGAUCUCGUCCUCAUCUUCUUCUUCUGCAGCUAGAGGUCAAAGAUCAAGAGCGUCAAGUAAAGUCAGACCAAAAUCAACGUUAGGAUCGAACAUACUUCUACCUGAAACACCUACAACUCCAGCAGGUAUUAUUGCCAAAAAUCCAAUACCGGAACAUCCGACAACUCAAACCUCAAUCGAACAAACGAAGGAUGAAGAAUCUCAAAAUAUAGAUUCACCUUUGCCACAAGUGUCAAUCCGAGAUUUCGCCUUUGAACCCUCUGACGAGAGAUAUCAUGGGAGAGGCGUGUUGGAGGAAGAUUCAAGAGCGUCGAGUGGAUCAGGUGGAUUCAAGUGGCCUUGGAAAGGGGAUGAUGGGAAUCAAGGUGAAAGCUCAGGUGGUUGGGGUGGAUUUGGAUUCCUAGGUGGAUGGAGGAAUAGAUCUCCGACUCAAAAAGAAUUUCAAGGUCAAUACGAUAAUAACGACGAUGGAGACGAAGAUGAUGACGGUGAUUUCCUGGAAGGAGAAGAACAAGAUGAAUAUUAUUCAUCACCGGCACAAUCUGAUUCAGGUGAAACAUUUGGUUAUUCAUACAACGUCUUACCUCCUGUCGACGAGGAUGUUGAACCUAAAGGUUACUACAGAGCUGCAUAUGCAUUCGAAGCCAUAAGUUCAAGUGAGAUGAAUUUGACAGAAGGUGAUUUAGUUAGCUUGGCAGGAAGAGGCAAUGGCGAUCCAGGUUGGGUUAUAGCAAGACGAGUCAGAGUUUUAGGUGGAAAAAUCGCAGGUAUAGAUGAAAUUAUAGGUUUGGUACCUGAAAGCUAUUUAGAGCGGGUAGAGGUGAUUGAGAAUAAUUGA